UAUCUCCUCAGUCCCUCCCUCCCUCCCUCCCUCCUGCUCAUAUACCCUUCAGAAGCUACCAGCUUCACUGUCCAAAAUAUUCUCUCUUUCCCUCUCCAUAAAACCUUCCUUGCUUCUCCCACACUAAACUCCAUCACCCUCACAACUUGAGAGCUUUUUGAUUACGAAAAUGCCACCGUCGGAUUCUGGCGAGAGCAAGCGGGCAUCAACCAAGGCGGCGAAUCAACCACCGGAACAAGAGCAGCUUCCGUGCCCUCGAUGCGACUCCACCAACACCAAGUUCUGUUACUACAACAACUACAACUUCUCUCAGCCCCGCCACUUCUGCAAGUCCUGCCGCCGCUACUGGACACACGGCGGUACCCUCCGCGAUAUCCCCGUCGGCGGCUGUACACGCAAGAGCGCCAAGCGUUCUCGCACUAACAAUCACUCCUCCUCCUCCUCCACCGCCGUUUCAGCGAAUUACGAAGCUCAGUCCCUGCCGUUGUCCGCUACCCCUAUGUUGUUGCCAAUGACGGGAAAUCAGGCCUCGAGCGUGCAGUUCUGCGAUGUGAAGGGGAGUGGGAGCUUUACUUCUCUGUUGAACAACAGUGGUCAGGGGACUUCCGGGUUUUUGGCGCUGGGUGGGUUUGGGCUGGGCCUUGGACAUGGGUUUGAAGAAGUGGGCUUUGGGCUUGGGAGAGGAAUAUGGCCUUUUGUUGGUGUAGGAGGAGAUGGUGGUGCUGCUGUGAAUGGCUCUGUUGGAAAUGCUACAGUGACAGGGAAUGGGAAUAUGUGGCAGUACGAGAGUGGUGGAGAAUCUGCAACAUUUGUUGGAGGAGAUUGCUUUUCAUGGCCUGAUUUGGCAAUAUCAACUCCUGGAAAUGGGCUUAAAUGAUGUCGUUUUGAUUCUUGCAUUUGUUUUUCUUUGGUUUGUUUUGGUCUGUCUGCAGCUGAACAUAUCAUGGUUUAAGAGUGUAAUAGUUGUGUUGCCUCGAGUCUUGAGAGUCAUUUAGCUUAUGAAAUUAGAGAAAACACUGUGAUUUGGUUGGACUAUAUAUAUUGUCUACUUCACAAUAUGGUAUAAAAAGUUUGCAGUUUUCGGUGCUCU